UUUCAGACUGCUAAGAGGCGUGGCGUGUACGCUGUGUUCAGAGAUAGAGACUGUUGUUGGUUGUUUUCGAGAUUUUUACUAAUUUAAGACAAGAAAUAGUAGACGUAAUCGUUAGCGAGAAGUCACAAUUGCUAGUUUAAGUAUCGGUUGAUCAAGUCGCGUCAUUUAAACCGACGCUUAUAUCGUUUUCAGAAGGUAAUUUUGUUCUAGGUCAAGUAAGGGGAUGCUGCUGCUGCAGUCGCUGUCUUGGAGCUCGACACAAUCGCUGAAAUUUAUGUUGCGUUUUUUCAAAAUAAGAAGCUUUGUCGUAAGAGAAAACGCCUGCAGAAUAUGUCAAUCUCGACCGAGUCAUUUUCAAAUCUAAUGAAUUUGCAUUGUACGACGUAUUUUAUUGCUGUCCCGCACCGCGCGUAGAUCCCAGAGCAUUUUAGCUUGUAUUGUGUUGUUAGCUGGACAACAACUCCGCAAACCGAUCUGUCUGAGCCGAACGUAAUUUACCUCUCUAUUCGCCCAGAUUUUUUUAUUUGGAAAGUGGCAGUACAACAGUAAAGCUAUGAAGCUUUUAGAGAAUUCCCGUUUUGAGGCAUUGAGCUCCCAGCUGUGUGUUGAAACUGGAGACUCUCACAUCUUAGGCAGGAUCGAGAGCUACUCGUGCAAGAUGGCUGGUGAUGACAAGCACAUGUUUAAGCAGUUCUGUCAGGAGGGGGAGCCCCAUGUUCUGGAAGCGCUGUCACCCCCUCAGUCCAGCAGUGCUCCGAGCCCUAACCUAUUGGGGAAGAGUGGGGAGGACGGAGAGAACCCACUAAGUGAUAAGUGUUGCAGGAAGACCUUGUUCUACCUUAUCACUACCCUGAAUGAGUCGUUCCGGCCUGAUUAUGAUUUUAGUGCUGCCCGUGCCCAUGAGUUCAGCCGAGAGCCCAGUGUUAACUGGGUGGUUGACUCUGUUAACGGCAGCCUAUAUUCUGCUGUGGGGGAGCAAUUUAACUCUUUAGGCCCAGAACUGUGGAAUGCCAUUGAUCAAGAGAUAAACCUGCAGGGCUGUGACAUCUAUAGCUACAACCCAGACCUUGACUCUGACCCCUUUGGUGAGGAAGGCAGCCUGUGGUCCUUCAAUUACUUCUUUUACAACAAGAAGCUUAAACGCAUUGUAUUCUUCACUUGCCGCUCAGUCAGUGUUCUCAGUAGUUAUGGUCGCAGUGGCCUUGACAAUGAGUUGGACAUGGAGCUGGAUGAUGAAGACGAAGUGGACAACUUCAUGGAAGACAGGUUCCCCCGAGCUCUGUGCGUCUAAAGCUUACUCGGGGAUGACGACCUGCGCUUCAGCCAAAGGGCCUCUCCUUUGCAAUUUCUUCUUUCUUUUAUGAGGGGGGAAAACUGUCAAAACUUUAUUUUCUGGGGAUUUUCGUAAAUGUGUGUUUGUUUUUACUUUGGUUCACUGUGGACUGAGGAGGGUUAAUUUUACGACUCCCAUUUGCCUCUAAAGAAGAUCUCAGACUGUGGCUGAGAAGAAUUCCAAGAGAGCUGCUUGGACAAGGUCUGACAUGGACUCAUUUAGGCAUUGGCUGAGACAAAUAAAAGCCACUGGAAACCAGCUCAUCCUAGGAGUGAAUGAAAGUCACAUUCAGACACCAGCAUUUUGACAGUGGAGAUUUUGAACACUCUUUGGAAUACAAAGACUGCAUGCCUUCUGGAUUUAUGCCCCUCUGUUUUAUUGGUUCUCCUAAUGUUUUCAUAAUUUGCUUUUUAAAUCUGCGUAAGGUUUGAAGCUUGUGUAUGUGAUUUUUGUCAUUUAACAUGGUCUGUAGGAUGAUUAUAUGAAAGUGUGUGUGUGCACGCGCGUUUUACAGGUACUUUUUUCCCCCUCUGCAUGUUUCCUGGGAUUUGAAACAAUGAUCUUGGAAUUGGUAGCAUUAUGCUCUAAUAAAUGAGCUCUAGACAUUUUAGACUUAUUUUUUUGGGAAAUUUAAUUAUUUGAAAUUCAUCUGUUUUAGUAUACACUGCACUGAUUUUUAUUAUUAUUAUUAUUAUUAAAUGUGCAGAUUUCACUUUUAUUGCUGCAAUUUCUUUGGCUUUAUGUACCAGCCUGCAGUUGUUUUGGCAUAGCUGAACGGUAAACAUGCAAACCAAAUAUUUGUUGAAGCUUUUAUGGCUGGUGUACCUGAAUCUGUCAAUUUUUCUUAACAAUGUGAAUUUUAUAAAUAACAGUCCUGACACGGAAAGAAAAAUGUGAAUGGAAUCUGUUGCUUGUUGCCAGAUAUGCAGAUAGCAUUCAAAUGAUUGAGCAUCUGGGACAAUAAAAAUGCAGGUUUAAUCACCA